GUUUUUACGUCAUUUCCGGUGCACCUCCCGCGGCCGAAGCUUGCGUUAGGGGGCUUCGCUUAGUGUGGGCGGCCGGAGAAAACUGCGAGUCAACUGUUUUGUUCCUGCCAGCCCUGCUGGUCUGAUACCAUGGGAGUGACUUGUGUGUCCCAGAUGCCUGUGGCUGAGGGCAAGAGUGUCCAGCAGACAGUGGAGCUCCUCACCCGGAAACUGGAGAUGCUUGGGGCCGAGAAGCAAGGAACAUUUUGUGUGGAUUGUGAGACCUACCACACAGCCGCCUCCACUCUUGGCAGCCAAGGUCAGGCUGGGAAGCUGAUGUAUGUGAUGCACAAUUCCGAGUACCCUUUGAGCUGCUUCGCCCUCUUUGAGAAUGGCCCUUGCCUCAUCGCUGACACCAACUUCGAUGUGCUCAUGGUGAAGCUCAAGGGCUUUUUCCAGAGUGCCAAGGCUAGCAAGAUUGAGACCCGGGGCACCCGGUACCAGUACUGUGACUUCCUAGUGAAGGUGGGCACAGUCACCAUGGGGCCCAGUGCCCGAGGCAUCUCCGUAGAGGUGGAGUACGGCCCCUGUGUGGUAGCUAGCGACUGCUGGAACUUGCUGCUCGAGUUUCUGCAGAGUUUCCUAGGCAGCCACACGCCAGGGGCUCCUGCAGUGUUUGGGAACAGACACGAUGCCGUCUACGGCCCGGCAGACACCAUGGCCCAGUACAUGGAACUCUUCAACAAGAUCCGCAAGCAGCAGCAGGUGCCAGUGGCUGGCAUUCGCUAGUGGCCGGCAGCUGCCCAGCUGAGCUCUGCCACCAGGGGGACUGCACAGGAGGCGUGGGUGCUCCAGGAACCCAGGGCACACAUGGAAGCUUCCCUCCCUCUUCCCAGCUGUGACUUGUUCUGGGGAUUUGGACUCCCCUCCCCUGACCCUCACACACAGCCCCCCAAGCUGCUGCCUCACCCCACGCCUUACUGGACUUGGCCUGUGCUCAGGAACGGUAAUUAUGAAGAGUGGAGAAGUGUGGAGCUUUCCUGCUUUAGGGGAAAAGGUAGGACAGGGCUGUCCCUGCCUAGUGUUGGUGGGGAAAGCAGUCUGUAUCUCCAGCCCUUUAGGACUUGGCCGAGGCCCACAGUGGACAGGCUGGGCUAGGCUGUAAUAAAGGCCUGCUCCUAGAGAGGAGUAGUAGGAGGCAUAACUUACAGGGAUGGCUGUUAUUUUCUGACCUGUUUGCUGAAAUGAAUUGUGGGUUGACUUUUCUGGGGUGUUGUCUGAGUCCUCUAGAGUCUCCCCCUGACGUCUUUUCAUUCUGUUGUAAAUUAGAUUAAGCCACAGGCUAAGCUGCUAUAACAAAGAGAACCGAAAGUA